AUGGCAGACUCCACCACCAAAAACAUCGUAAUACUGGGCGCCUCCUUCUCCGGCCUCAGUGUCGCCCACUACUUCCUCAAGCACAUCCUGCCCUCGCUUCCGGCCUCCUCAGGCCCCUACCACGUAUACCUAAUCAACCCCUCCGACUCCUUCUACUGGCGGAUCGGCGCCCCCCGCGUGGUCGUCUCCAACGACCUGCUCCCCAUCUCGCGCUCCUUCUACCCGAUCACGGACGGCUUCACGCAGUACGGCUCCGAGCGCUUCACCUUCAUCCAGGGCACCGCGACCUCGCUCGACACCUCCGCGCGCACCGUCACAGUGGUCCCCUGCACCGAAGACGGCGCCGAGCAGCACGACCAGGCGCGGCAGCUGGCCUACUAUGCCCUUGUCAUCGCGACGGGGACACGCACCCCUUCCAAAGCACUCAGCACGCACACGACGACCAGAGUCGCCAAGGACGCCAUCGCGGACCUGCAGACCCGCCUCCCCCGCGCAAAGACGGUGCUCAUCGCCGGCGGUGGCCCCGCGGGCGUCGAGACGGCCGGCGAGAUCGGCGAGCAGCUGAACGGGCGCGCCGGGUUCGCGGCCAAGCGGCCGCCAAAAGCGCACGCCACCAUCACGCUCGUGGCAGGCGGGUCGCGGCUCUUGGCUGCGCUGCGGCCCGCGCUGGCCAAGACGGCGGAAGGCUACCUGAACAAAGUGGGCGUCGACGUCGUCUACGACGUCAAGAUGGAAUCCGCGACGCCGACCGCCGACGGCAAGACGUCGGUGGUACUCUCCAACGGGGAGACGCGCGUCGUGGACGUCUUCAUCCCCGCCACGGGCGUGGAGCCGAACACCGAGUUCCUGCCCGCGAGCCUCAAGAACGACAAGGGCUACGUGAAGACGAACCCGAGCACGCUGAGGGUCGAUGAGGCCGGCCCGCGUGUCUACUGCCUCGGCGACGUCGGGACCUACACCCGCGGCGGCGUCAUGGACAUCUACGACGCCGUCCCCGUGCUCAUGACGAACAUCUCACGCGACCUGCACGCGGCGGUCGACGGCGAGAAGAACAACGGGAUGCCGACCGGCAAGGACCGCGCGUACAAGCCGAACCUCAAGGAGACGCAGCUGGUGCCUGUCGGGCGGAGCGUGGGCGUUGGGGCUGUGUUCGGCUGGAAGCUGCCGAGCACCAUGGUUUGGGCGAUCAAGGGACGGGAUUACUUGACGGGCGCCGCGCCGAGUAUUCAGAUGGGGACCAAGUGGAAGAAGGAUGCGGUGCAUAAGUGGACGCCUGUUGAUGCCUAG